AUGAUGGUCGCAUGGAUUAUUUCCCUCGAUCAGCUGGCGCCACGACUGGCGGAGGUGUAUGUGACCCUUAAGGAGGCGAAGGGACCUGUCCCUCCAAAUAUUAGGGCAGCACUUGGCGCUUUUGCCAGGAUGGGGGCGAUUGCCGCAUGGAAGAAGGAGGAGAUCGGGUUGAUAGAAGUUACAGGAGAGACAGGGGUGCGGAGUAGGGCAGCUAUUGCUGACAGGUUGGAGGAGUGGGUUGGGAGGCCGUACUCCAUUUGUACGACCUUUCACGCCACUCAGCUGAUGACUGGCUAUCGCUGCUUUCACGCGUACUUGUAUGGAAUCAGAAGAACAGACUCCCCGCUGUGCUUUCAUUGCGGGGCGGAUAGAGACGAUGCGGAACACCCUCUGAUCGAAUGCCCAGCGUGGACGAAUGCAAGGGAUUCCUUG